ACUAAGUGGUGGGCCACAUAGGAAUGAUUGGAGGGCCACAUGUGGCCCACGUGCCACCAGUUUUACCUCUGAUUGAGAGUCCUGUCCUGACCACCUGUGUUUACAGUAGGCACCGGCUCACGUGACAAACAAACUUGACUAGUAAGUACAUAUUCGUUCUAAUAAGAGCCUUGAUACGAACACCAGUGUGUAAACACGUGUUCAGACUGUCACGUGAUAACGGUUUAUACAGUUUAAACAUAAAUAAACAGCUUUGUGUGUCCGCGCUGGUGUUUCCGGGUGGCGCGUGGCUCGCUAGCAUCCGUCGGUUCCGCCUCGCGACAAAACAACCGACUCCGUCUAGUAUUGUAACUGAGAGGCUGAAGCGGAGGGGGCAGCGGGGCACGGGACGAGACAAUGGCGGCGUCGCUUCUCUCCGACACCGACAUCAGGCACCGGUCCAUGGCGGAGGAGGAUCCGACCGGGAACGAGCACGGGGCGGCAGCACGCAGCGCAGCGCCUCGCUGGGGACCGCAGCACGCCGGGGCUCGACAGCUGGCGCGGCUCGACUCUCCCGUCCUCGGAAUAGUGACGGCAGACUUUGCGUCGGGGGCGGUGCACUGGGCGGCCGACACCUGGGGAUCCGUGGACAUGCCGGUUAUUGGAAAGGCAUUUAUUCGUAUGUUCCGCGAUCACCACGACUUCAUUGAAACCAACGGAGACAACUGCAUGAUCUCCGUUGGCUCACAUGGCCGUCAAGUUCCUCACAAACACACCAGAGGCCCUGGCAGGCGGCGUGUCCGUGGCACUGCUACGUCUUCGCCCUGGCCGUCUCCGUGACGCUGACCAACCAGUUCCACAUGUGGAGCCACUCGUACUUCGGGCUCCCGCGCUGGGUCACGCUGCUCCAGGACUGGCACCUGGUGUUGCCACGGAAACACCACCGCAUCCACCACGUCUCGCCGCACAAGACGUGCUACUGCGUCACCACAGGUGAGGGACGCGACUGAGAGGGAGCAUUUGUGUUUAUACAGUGUCAGAGCAGAGAUGUCAGCGGUGUCUCAAAAACUGUUCUGUUUGAUUUCUUUGUUUCAUGAAGUGAAAGAACCUAGAAAAUGUUC